AAGAAAAUCAUUUUACUUCGGGCUCUCGCAUUUAGUGGUUGACUUCUUCCACUCUGUAUUUAAGUUUGAAACUAAUUUGGCAUUAAUAUCUGAAGUGCAAAACGAGAAUAAUCGUACAUCGUAUAAUUAAUGUGUUGCGUUGGUAGUGAAGCAAAUAUAUAGUAAUAAAAAAAAGUAAAUUCCACUGAAGUAUAAAAUGAUCAAAAAUCUGUGACUAAACGAAUAAGUAAUAAAGGCGUCAAUUUCGGCUUACAAAUCUAAGAUAAGGACAAAAUGAGUUCGCCGAUAAGUGCGCCUGUACACUAUCCCCUUGUAAGGUCCCUGACUCCCCCGCCAUCGUAUCAGGAGGCCAUGGGCUGGUUGCCAAGCAGAUCGGCAGAGGAAACUACCACGUGGACCACCAACACACGAGACCACCAUACUACCGACGGCAACUCAUCUGCGCAGAUGAUCUGUCCGUUGUGCCAUGACGUUAUUGAGACGAAAACGGUCAUUCGUCGUGGAAUGACUGCCUACGUGGCCUCGUUCGUGGUCACCUUUGUCACCUGCGGCUUAGGAACCUGCCUGGUCCCUUACAUCAUCAAUGACUUCAACGAGAUUCAUCACUCGUGCCCCAACUGCAAGGCGUCCCUGGGAACCGUACUUCUUUAGGAUAAGAUUUCUCAAUUCGGUUUUAUUUAAUUAUUUAUUGUAGUUAUAGUCCUU